AUGAACAGUCCACCUCCGUCGAUGCCAGACGACCAUGUCGCUGGUCGUCGAGCCCGUGAAGUGUAUCGCUAUUUUCGCCCUGAAAAACGACUCAGCGCGAUUCUUGAGAAGGAGACCAGCAGCAGUGAAGAUAACACCACUUCUGAUGGGCUCAGAUCCUCGACUUCCUCGUCAAACCAAGAGCAAUCACCCGCGACGCCUCCGUCUUCUGCUCCUUCGCAGACAGAACUCGUUUCACCACCGAACUCCAUACAGGCUAUGCCCGAGUCUCUGAUCCUUGGUAACACCAAUUCUACCCUCAACUCCUUUGCGCAGCUAGCUGCGUUGCGACUGGACGUGGACCGCGCUUUCAUCAGCUUUUCAGAUCGGGAUUCGCAAUUCAUUAUUGCCCAGUCUGCACAAACCACCGACAGCACUAACAAAUAUAAUGGACUCAGCGGAGGUAUCUACACGGGCUGCUCAACUCUUGAUAACAUAUGCCAAGACACCAUUGCGUUGCCAGCCUCUCACUGUGAAAAAGGUGACUAUGAAUUUAUCAUAUCCAACGACAUGGCACAGGACGACAGAUAUCAACACUUACCUCUUGUUCAGAAGAAGCCUGCUUUUCGAUUUUUCGCCGGAACGCCUCUAACAACCGACAGCGGUAUCAAUGUUGGCUGCUUCUUUGUGCUUGAUACGAAGCCUCACGUUGCGUUCUCUGAGAAGGACAAAAUUACGAUGGGUCAGAUGGGCAUACUAAUCAUGGACUUUUUGAAAGUCAGUCGUCAAGCCUCGGAAGGGAGGCACGCUUCUCGAUUAACACAAGGAAUGAAUCACUUCGUAGAGGGUCGAUCGAGCUUCCAAAUUGAUUUUGACACAAUCAAAUUACUCAAUCGAGAAUCAAGCACUUCAUCCGGGAGCAGAAGACGGUUACAUCGCCGCAAUACCGGCAGUGUUUCCUCUCGUUUCUCUCGAUCGAGUAGCGCUAGCGCUCAUUCUGCCAAUUCAGACUCCGAUGCAGAGGUUCCAUUCCUUGCUUCCAGCUACCAUUCGUCGCAUUCUGCCAGCUGGUCAGCGGAAGACAAGGCAAAUGACGAAAUGAACCCCGAAAAGGACACCACAUGGACUUUCCGGCGUGCGGCCAACCUCAUUCGUGAAAGUUUAGAGCUUGGUGAGAACAGUGGCGUCGCUUUCCUGGAGGCCGGCAACAAUUUCCUACCUCAUCGCACGAGCGACAGCGAAUCAUCCAGCUCACCUGAAAAUGAGACCAUAGCUUCCAUUCUCAGCAUAUCUACGGCUGAAACCCCAUACGGUACAGCUCAAGAGUCGUCUGUUCCAUAUCCCGUUGCGAACAUGAGCGAAGACUUCUUGCAUCGGCUUCUCCGGAGGCAUCGUCGAGGAAAGAUCUUUUCUCUUCAUCGUGACGGUCAGCUUUCAAGCUCUGACAGUGAAGACAAUUCAAAGAGCACCGAUCCAUUUGGGCGAAGAGAUUCUAUCAAACCAAAGAAUUACAAAGCUAUAAAAGCGAAAGACAAUAAGCUGCUCAACUUGUAUUUUCCAAGUGCCUCUCAGGUCAUGUUCGUGCCACUGUUGAGCGCUGCUUACUCCCAGUGGUAUGGUGGCUGUUUCUGCUGGAACAAUGUUGAAAGUAAUGUGUUUGACCCUUCGGUCGAGCUCAGCACCGUGGUGAGCUUCGGGUCGUCUAUCAUGGCUGAAUGCAGUCGAAUCGAGUCUCUAAUCUCUGACCGCCAAAAGGCCGACUUUUUGGGCAGUAUUUCGCACGAAUUGCGAAGUCCUCUCCAUGGAAUCAUGGCGGCGACAGAAAUAUUGCAAACGACUACACUCAACCAAUACCAAGGGUCACUCAUGGAAACUGUGACUGCCUGUGGGCGAACCUUGCUUGAUACUAUGAAUCAGGUUCUGGACUACAGCAAAGUACUGUCGUUGCGAAAGCGCCUGCGAAACACCGAAAAGGGUCGGGUCUCAUCGUCCGAGCUCAAAAAGCUACAUCGGUCGGCUGCACAUCUGGACACCUACAUCCCCACAGACAUCUCCGUUCUGGCGGAGGAAGUCAUAGAUGGAGUUUGUGUGGGUCAUUUCCACAGCCGCAAACCUGCGUCGGCGCGGUCUCUACAGUCUAGCGAUGAGACCAACGAUGCGUCUUCAGAAACAAGCCUUUCGCAGUCCAAUAUCGACGUGAAAAUCGACAUCGCGCCGAACAAUUGGAUCUAUCAAGUGCCACCCGGAGCAAUCCGACGCAUCAUCAUGAACAUUUUCAGCAAUGCAAUGAAAUACACCGAAGCAGGUUCCGUAUCCUUGAAGUUGGACAUUGAGCCUUCUCGAAAUGUUACCCAAGAGGACACGAUCACCUUGACUGUGGCAGACACAGGCAAAGGCAUCUCGGAGGAGUUUAUACGCUCCAAGUUAUUCGUGCCUUUUGCUCAGGAGGAUUCACUAGCUACCGGUUCUGGUCUCGGCCUUUCGAUUGUGCGCAGUCUGCUCAAACCAUUUGGAGGAACUUUCAAUAUCCAGAGCCAAGUCGGCCAUGGUACCACAGUGAAGGUGAUGAUACCGCUUGUCCACUCGGACCAAGAAAUUGAGACUUUGGAAUUCAGAUCUCGCUCUACACAAGACAUUACCGACCCCUCUACUGAUCUACGUCUUUUGCGUCAGUCUCACGCUGGGAAAUCAGUAGCCAUCAUCGACAACAAUCUUCAAGAUUUGUCCAGCUCGCCCUCGUCGGCGUCUCUCGGGCGUUAUCUGACGGCGUGGUACAGGCUCAAGAUAGUGUCACCUUCUUCGGACACUGCUAUCGAUAUUUUGCUCUUUGAUGGUGCCUCAGUGGCAAAUGGCAAAGUUAACGAAGCGCUUUCUGAUUGUGAGUCUGCUCUUCUCCUCUUGAGCAACGAUUAUUUGGCCCGUGACUCACUCCACUCAGUAUCAUCAUGCGGUGCCCGACAUGUGGAUGUCAUUCCACGUCCAUAUAGUCCUCAUAAACUCGCGCGCUUUAUUCAAAGAUGUCUAGACCACAGACCCAACAAACCGGCACUGAAAAGUUUCUCAUUCCCCAAGCCAUCAGCCGAAUCGACCGAAGACGAAGGCCCAGGGCCUUCCUGCGCAAAUUCAAGCGACCAAGCGGAGGCUGCCGUUCAAGAGACUGAAAAACUUUCUAUGGUCAUCCCACAUAGAUCAAAGGACACGUCAAGAGAAGCCUCUGAGGAAGCCUCUGAGGAACGCGAGUCAACAAGUGAUCAACGGGCCGCCAGAAUUCUGGUCGUCGAGGACAAUAAGAUCAAUCUAAACUUGAUGCUCACAUACUUGAAAAAGCGCGAGCUCGCCAGUCUAGACUCGGCGGAGAACGGCAGUGAAGCUCUUGAUGCCGUGAAGGGUGCUGAGGACGGCUACGACAUAAUUUUCAUGGACAUCUCAAUGCCUGUCAUGAACGGCUUCGAAGCUACCAGAGCGAUUCGCUCCUUUGAAAGGGGGCGCAGCAAGAGCAACAAGCCUUGCAAAAUCAUUGCCUUGACAGGGCUGAGCAGUACUCUCGACGAAGCGGAGGCCCUCAAUUCAGGCAUGGACUUGUUCCUGACAAAGCCUGUUGCUUUCAAAGAAGUCAAGAAGAUCCUAGAACGCUGGAACGAGACGAAACUUGGAGGUGAAGGAGGCUUGAAACCUCUUGGUGACUCUGCAUAA